UUUUUUUUGUUGACAUUUUGAUAACCAAAAUAUGUGCAAUCAAAUGAUUAUAAAAUAUGUAGUAAUGUUUUUGUUUACAAAAUUUUAAAUUUUUAACACAAGUAUAAAAAAUCGGUUAUGUAUUUUUAAAAAUAUUUAAUAAAAAACUAAAUUAUAAAAAAAAUACAUUAACAUCAAUGGCAAACGUUGAUCGUGUGGACAACGUAGUCUCUUCUCAGACGCAAUUAGUUGGAGAAGAGGAAGUACAGGCACAACCGCCAGUAUUGAGAUUGCGUCUAAAGAAGCCAAAAUCAAAACGUUCUGUUGCUUGGCGUGAGGACACGGUCGACAAUGAACACGCAAACAAAAAAAAAUCAAAGUGUUGCUGUAUCUUUCGAAAACAACACGAAUUUGGUGAGAGUUCAUCAGAAAGUGAUGACGAUUGUGAAAAUUGUUUCGGUCAUCCGGAGAAACGUAAAAAGAACCAAAAGCCUGCACCGCCGGAACAAAACGAUUUAGAUGCUAAUGAGAAUAACAAUAAUGAUACUGAAAAAGAUAACAAUUAAACAACAACGCCAAUAAAAUAAUUAGAUUUGUGCAGGGACCGAAAAUAACAGUCAUUUCAAAAAUGUUGAAGAAAAAAACCGCAACAUAAAGUUGUUUAAACUUAUAUUUAAGUAUAUAGUUAUUAUAACUAUAUCAUUUCAUUUUUAAUAUGCAUGCUUGUUAUAUAUGUGAGUGUUUUAAAAUAAAACUCAAAAAAUAAUAAUUAAAUUUGCUUUAUAUUAUAUUCAUCAAAAAUAAUUAUUAUCAUUUGCCUUUUAUUUUAGAACGCACAAUAACUCUUAUUUUUGCAUUAUAAAUAUAAAAAUCAGAAAUUAGUCUUAUUUUUAAAAACCAAAUAUAACUCACACUGGCCUCCUGAAUAAUUUUAAAAACGAAAAUAUAAAACGCAUUUUUCAUAUAUACUACGGUAUAUGGUACCUUAUAUGAAAAUGUCAGUUAUAUUUUGUUUUCAAAAAUAAGACUUUGUGAUUUUUAUAUAUUUAAACCAAAAUAACAGUUAUUUGUGUGUUUUAAAAUAAAAGGCACAUGAUAAUAAUUAUUUUUGAUGAAUAUAAUAUAAAACAAAUUUAAUUAUUUUUUAAAUUUUAUUUUAAAAUGCGAAUGAUAAGGUGAUUUUUUUUUAAAUGUUAACUGUUACGGUCCCUGGAUAUGUGUGAAUUAAUUCUAAUUAUAUUUAAGUCAUUUUGUAAACUUAAUCGCUUUAUGUAGAAUGUGUUACUUUUUAAUUUUAUUAAAAAUUAGGUAGAGUGCCUAAUUAAAUUAUAUAUCUAUCUAUCUAUUUACACAUAUAUAUUUGUUGAAUAACUACCAAAUAAAUAUCUUUAAAAUUAUAAA